UCAUUUAAAUUUUCUAUUUUCCAACGCGCAACCCUUUAGUUUUAGUAUCAACUAUUAAAGUUCAUACUUCUUAGUAAAGUCUGGUUUCGGUAAUUAGUAACUUUAAUAAAUAGAAUAAUAUGUUUUGGACUUGAAAUAGUAAAUGGGAAAUAAUUAAUCGACUAGUAAAAAUAAUAAAUACAUCAGGCAUUUAAGAUGGACGAAGAAGUUCAGUUAAAAAAUAUUAAAGAAUUUUUACAAAGCUAUAACAAAAUAACAGAUGAUUGUUUUUCGCAAUGUGUGUAUACAUUAUCACAAAGCAGGUUGACAGGUGAAGAGGCAUUAUGCGCAAGUAAUUGUGUCCAAAAAUCUAAGUUUGUUGAUCAAAAAUGUAUGCAAGCAUUUAUUGAGCAUCAGCAACAAUCAAUGCAAAAAUUUAUUGAAGAGUCUUCUCAAAAACAGGCCGAACAGGAAGCUGCUGUUGUAGACUCAACAAUUUCAGAUACAGAAAAUAAAGAAAUAGUUAAACAAGAAUCGGCAGAAUAACAAUUAGAUUGACAAUGUAACACCAUGUAGGUUUAAAAUUAAAUAAUAUAGUAUUUGUAAAUAUAAUAUUGUGAUAAUUGAUUGAAUUGAAAAAUAUUUAAAAAAAUAAAUAGACUUUUCUGCUAACUGCUUUCACUAAAUAUUCAA